AUGGUCCAACCCAUAGUGCACCAAAAUUACAAGCUAGGUGUUGUUUCGGGCGGCAAGGUACUGUUUCCAAGGGUAGGAAAUCGAUCGUGCAGCGCCAAAACUGUGACACUGCUCACUGAUGAUGAGACAAGCGUUAUCGUUCCUUUUAACAACCAGCUGAAGGUUUACUCUUUAGAAACGCGACAAUGUGUGAAGACUUUGAAGUACGCAAAUAAUGAGCAAUUGACACAACUGUUUUUGGGUCCAGAGGCGGCUCAAGUAUCUCACAUUGCAUUGGGCAACCUGCUGCUCCAGGAAGGCAUAGAUGAGAGCAGAGCACGCGAGAUAAGCGUGUUUUCUUCCCGUGGGCACCUCGUUGUACUUAAUUACAAGGGUCGCUUAGUUGAGGUACCCAAAGUAGUGCACCUGGGAGAGAAUUUCCAGCCGGGAGAGUCACUGGUGAAGAUAUUUCAAAAUACCCAAAACUACGACGUAAGGUUCCUCACUUCGUUGCAGGACUCAUCUGCCGGGUAUACAUACCGAUUGUACGAUUAUGUGUGUUCGGAGAAGAAAUUGGUCUUUCGCGAAGACUUCUCGGACGUUUUACUCUCUGCAUGGUCUUCUAAUGAUGAGUAUUUAUGUUUGUUAACAAAGGAUGCCGAUGGGAGGAAAUGCUUAAGUGUUAAGCCUCUGUUCCCAGGUGCUAAAGACGAUGCUCACAGUUUUCCAUUACCAGUGACAGGGGCCUCUUCUACGACCUCUUCCAGCUCGCACUUCGUUACCGUGAUGGCUGUCGACAACUACUGUUCACAAUUGGCGAUAGGAUUUGCCUCAGGGGUUAUCAAUGUCAUUAAUUUGCAAGAUAGAUCAAGUCGGUUGCUAAAAUGGCACAUAGAUUCUGUCCUAUCGUUGUGUUUUACGUCAGACAGCUCUUAUUUGAUUUCUGGUGGAUGGGAAAAAGUUUUGAGUUUUUGGCAGUUGUCGAGCAACUUACAACAGUUUUUGCCUCGUCUAAGUGGCGUCGUGAUUGAUUGCAAUAUAAUCAACGAUAAAUUUUACAGCGUGGGCCUUCAGAUAACUGACAAUCAAUCGACUUCAGACUACCAAAUUAUGUUGCUCAACUCCACGGAUUUAAAAUCCAGAGUUAACAUUAGCGGUCCUCUUUCUGUUUUUCAUUCCACAAUAAAAGAUGCACAAUUUCCUUUUUCCGCUGUGUCAUCUAAGUCAUCUGCAUCAACGUCCGACUUGGGCAAGGCGUCAAAAAAGCAGCAAAGAAAACUACUUAAGCGCAAGAGACAAGAUUUUAGCUCUAUCUUUGAGAUCCAGCCCAAUACAAAGCAUCUGUAUUUCCCUCAUACUUCGGCUGUUCAAGCUUAUGACUUUUACAAAAAUGAGCAGAUAUCAUAUCAAUACCUUGCAUCAGGCGUCAACAAUUCCAUGGGUAAAGUGAGGUCAGAGUUGAAUUUGAAAGAUCCAGUAAUAGUUGAUGUGAAAUUCACGAAGGAUGGCAUAUGGAUGAUUUCUUACGAGACAGAAUUUCCCCCCGAUAAUCUGCUAUCAUCUAAUGAUCUCUUACACGUUUUGAAAUUUUGGCGAUUAUCUCCAGAAGGCGAAUGGGAGCUAUCCACCAAGGUUUUGAGCCCACAUGGGGCGAAGGCUCCAAUCACGAGCAUAUUGGUAGCGCCUAGAUCCAUCAACAGCGGUCAUGGCUGUUUAACUGCUGAUAACAACGGUGGUCUAAAAUAUUGGUGCUUUGAUGAAAAAUCCAGUAAUUGGCAUUUAUCGAAAGUAGCAACGGCGAAUAAUAAUCACUUCAACAACUCCGUAGAGUUGGCUUGGUCUUUCGAUGGAAGUUUGAUUUUCCACGCAUUUGAUGAUAAAGUGACAAUUUUGGACUUCAACCUGUUCAGAAAAUUUCAAGAAGGAUCUGACACUGCUUUCAAUGAACUCACAAUGGACUCUGCGGUGCAGGCAAUGAUGCUUGUUAAUGAUUGCAACCUGAUAGUCGCCACUCAAACGACUUUAAAUUCUGUUGAUUUGCUGCUAGGCAAGGUUUACAAUUCAUUUGACCUGUAUCCAUAUGUGAAUGGCGUUUAUAAAAGUGGCCACCUCUCGAGGCUCAUGAGUUGUGAUGAAAAUAGCGGCCGCGUAGCAUUGGUAAUCAACCAACAAAUUCACGACCAACACAGUCAACCCACUUCAAGUCACUCCUCACAUGUCGUCGUUUUCAACUCAGACUUAUCACAAAAACUCGGGGCCUUCUCGCACGACGAAUACAUUGCGUGCAUUAGAUGGAAUCAUGGCACAGAUUUUAUUUUCUUAGACACCAAGAAUAGACUUGGGGCUGUCAGCACUACUUUGAGCUCUGAAAUGCUGGACGAAGCCGACAACGAUGCUACCUUCGAUACACUGGCUUCAGAGAAUUUCGAAGCUGAACUCCGGAAAUUGGCUUUUUCCCGAAAAAAUGACGAUAGCGGUACCAGGGACACAAAAAGCAUGGAUGAAGGCGUUGAACUCGAGUUCAUCAACGGUGAAAAAUCUCAAAAGCUUCUAAAUAUGAACAGUUUUACUGGCAUGUUUGAAAAUCUUGAAAAUGUUCAAAUGGAUACCUUAUUUGAUAGAGUGCUGAAAGUAAUUACAUAA